AUGGGGCACAAAGUGGUUGUAUUUGACAUUUCUGCCGUCAGAGGCUUGUGGGAAACUCGCGUGAAGAAGCACAAGGCUUGGCAGAAAAAGGAGGCAGAAAGGUUGGAGAGAAGCGCGUUGGAAAAGAUAAAGGAAGAGUGGAAUUUCGUGGCCGAGUGCAAGAGGAAAGGCAUCCCGCAGGCGGCCUACUGCAAGAAUGGCUUCGUCGACACCAGCGCCAGGCUCCUGGACAAGGUCGAGAGGAAUUCCCUGGUCGGGAGGAGCGCGCUAUCCAAGGAGAGAAGAAGGAGCAGCCUCUUUGUGCUCGAACUCUCGGGCGAGCAGUGGAAGGAGCUCCCAGAGUCUCUGAAGGAGCAGACCCACCUGAAAGAAUGGCACAUAAGCAAUACCCUGAUCCAAACCAUUCCUACCUAUAUUGAGCUGUUUCAAGCGAUGAGGAUUCUGGAUCUGCCAAAAAACCAACUCUCGUGUCUUCCAGUGGAAAUUGGUUGUUUGAAGAACCUGAAAGAACUCAAUGUGAGUUUCAACCACCUGAAAAGCAUUCCCGCCGAACUGGGAGACUGUGAAAACCUGGAGAAGCUGGAUUUUUCUGGAAACCUAGAAUUAACUGAGCUCCCCUUUGAACUAAGUAAUUUGAAGCAAGUCACGUUUGUAGAUAUCUCCGCUAACAAGUUUUCCAGUGUCCCAAUCUGUAUCCUGCGGAUGUGUAAUUUGCAGUGGUUGGAUAUCAGCAACAAUAGCCUCAAUGACCUGCCCCAAGAUAUAGACAGGCUGGAAGAACUGCAAAGCUUUCUUUUGUAUAAAAACAAGCUAACUUACCUUCCUCAAGCCUUGCUGAACCUGAAGAAGCUCACCUUGUUAGUCGUCAGUGGGGACCACCUGGUGGAGUUUCCCUCUGCCCUUUGUGAUGCGUCCACACCUGUCAAAUUUGUGAGUCUUAUGGACAAUCCUAUUGAUAAUACUAAAUGUCAAGAUGGUAAAGAGGUGACGGAAAGUGAACAAGAUCGCCAACAUUUUGAUAAAGAAUUUAUGAAAGCUUAUAUUGAAGAUCUCAAAGAAAGAGAAUAUGUUCCUAGCUAUACCACAAAAGUAUCUUUCAGCCUUCAACUUUGA